AUGCGAUGGUCAACACGUUCCGCUCUGGCAGGCCUGGCCGCUGGCUUCGUGCUUGGACUAAUCCCAUCCCUGUACUUGAGCGAUUUGGGGAAAGUUCGUCUUGAAAAUAAUCAGCUACUGGAGAAGUUGGAAAGGGCGCAGUCCAAAGAUCUAUCCCGGGCCGUCACUCGCGUGAGUGGAGUUGCUUUGGAUCUAGAUGUCGAUGACUUCCGGCAAAACAAACCCCAGAUAAAGAGAGAACCCACAAAACAACGGAAGAUCUUUCUGGACUGCGGCGCUAACGUGGCAUCCACCGUUCAACUCUUCCGCGAGACCUACCCCGGAGGACGAGAUUUCACCAUCCACUCGUUCGAAAUCGACGAGCGGCUGUCGCCGUAUUUUGAGCCGUACGACAAGCACCAUCUACACUGUCCCGUUGGCGUAGCUGGCAAAGACGGUAACAUGACAGCAUAUUCUGAGAUGGUAUGGGGACCAAAUAAGGGUCUCAAUGCCGGAGCCGACAUGCAGUGGGGAGGCGGCACGCUAUUCGCGUUCGAAUCAGAAAAGAGAAAUAAUAAAACAGGUGGCGGCCGUAAACUUUCCGUACGGAAAACUAUUCCAGUCAUUGACCUCUCCAAGUGGAUUGCGGACACAUUCUCCCCUGAUGAUUACAUCAUCUUCAAACUGGACGUAGAGGGCGCUGAAUACGACAUACUGCGGAAUAUGCUGGACAACAACGUGUUUGCAACAUACGUAGACAAGUACUACGGCGAAUACCAUGACUACCAACCAUCCGGCUGGGCACAGAAGGACAAAGAUAAGAUUCGCGAUGACAUUGAGAAAUUGGACAUGCAUAUGAUAUCUUGGGAGGGAGAAAGAAGAACGUACGGCGACAUCGAGGAUUUGAACCCUGUCAAGGUCCCUUUUAACGCUCCUGGCAGGAGUGGCUUGAUCUACUCAAGUUGCGCCAGCGGCUCGGUAGCCGUGGUUGUUGCCGUUGGCAUGAACUACAAGCGAGCACAUGCGGUGGUGUCGACCCUGGCCGCCCACAAGCCCCUGGUCCCCACUACGCUCUUCGUCUACGGGGACUUCGCUCAGCUGUACCCAGAGGCAGUCAGGUCCUGGGCCCAGCAUUUCAACAUCGGGAUCCGGGAGGACGGGCCUCAGCCCCCAGGCCACCUGGAGCAGAUGCCCUCGGAGUGGGUCCGGCUAGGGCUGAUGAGCACCAUCUUGCGUCUCGAGGAGAUCGGCAUCGUGUCGUCUUACUACCUGCCAUCGACGGAGGACAAAAUUAGCCCGAGAAUGAUCAGGCAGAUUGCCAACAGGGGAUUGAGGAUUGUGCAACCAGCAGUACAAUUCCCGGGAAAGAAAGGGUCACCGGAGGAACUGACGUUUGAUAACUACUACCGCCACCGUGACGUGGAUCGCGUCCCCAAAGCACUGCGCCUCAUCCACGAUGCGCUCUUCAACAACAAAGGGGGCGUGCUUUGCUUGGAAACCGAUCUAUCGGACACCUACAUGAACUCGGUGUUCCUGAUGGAUUAUCUGGUAGAGACGUCGGGUUUCAAGCUGGUAGAUUUGGAGGAGUGCAUUGCAAAAACAUCAAUUCCUUAA